AUGACUACUCCUGUAUACCUCAGCGCUCACCUGCAAAAACGAGGGCCAGUUUUCAGCCAUUUGCCGCUGUCAGAAUCAUUUCCUCACGCUGUCAGGACGGAGCCAAAGUCUAUGCAUCAUCGCCAAAUACCGGCGCACACCCCGUGGCAUAUAGCGGCACACACGCUGUCCGUCUCUCUGUCAAGACGCCUGCCUCUCUUGCAAGACAUCUGGCUCGUCAAGCCACCGACGAUGAAUACCGUCCUCACCUUAGUCUAUGAAGUCGGAAUUCGGAAGCAGAUCUGGAUCUGGAAACGAAAAGGCUCAUAUCUACUAACCGGGAAGGCUAAGAAGAAAAAGGAUGACAGAUUCGAGAAGAGAACGCGAAGGAGAGCGUUUCUGGUGAUUUCGGCAACUUUCCGGCGACUGCGACUUUUCCGGCAAACUUUCCGGCGGCGGUCAACUCCGGCGGUCAACGGUCAACUUCGGCGGUCAACGGUCAACGGUCGGCGGCGCAACUCCGGCGGCGGCUCCGACGACAACUCCGGUGACUGCUCUGGAGAAAAUUGGGCAGAGUUUUGCUGGGAAUUUAUGAAUGAGGUUUUCAGAGGCAAUGACCUCUUUUUAUAG